AUGGCGAAUAAAUCUGGAAAAAGCAAUUCCAAAUUCCUGAGUAGUAAAACUCCGGUGCGGAAAAACAGUUUAGAGAACCUAAGAUCUCAGAAAUCAGUUACCCCUGACCGACCCACCUUGACCCCGGACCGACCCACGUACAAGAACAGUGUCAACGCUAUUGCAAACUUUGCCUUAGGAGACGCAGAGUCAAAUGGUCAGAGCUAUGUAUCCUCCCCUCCCCAGAAUUAUGUGGCCUCCCCUCCCCCUCCGCCCUACACAGGAUAUCAUCAUAUAGUUACCACAGAUUCAUUAUCCAGAUCAUCCUCCCGUGUAUCAACUGCAACUACUGGACUGGAUAAUCAGAUAAAUCAGCUCUCAAUGCAACUAGACAGAGGAGUUUCCAUAUCACAGAUACAGGGAGAUGAGGUGUAUCCUAAGAUGAUGAGAUCCGGUUCUAGUUUAUCCGGAUCCGGGGGUAAACUAGAGGAAAUAUAUCCUAAAAUAUUGGUCCAGAGAUCCAAGGAUUAUCCUACUAUACUGUUCCAGCGAUCCUCUCCUAUAUCUGGACAUCAAAUCUAUCCUCAGCUGAUCAAACAAAGAUCAAACUCACAGAUAUCAUCGCAACAACUGGCACAGCAGCUGUCACAACAGCUGUCAUCACAACAACUUUCCCAACAACUAUCAUCGCACCAGCUGUCCCAGCUGUCAACUCAAGUCUCUGCACAGAUGAACCAUCAGCUUAACUCAGCUGUGGUAACAGCUUCCCUGGAUGAUAUUUAUCCUAAGCUCCAGGUUGGGGCUGGAGGACGUCUGGUCCAGGUUCUAUCCCAGGACCAAGUUGAGGAGGUCUAUCCUAAGGUCCAGGUUGGGGCCGGAGGACGUCUGGUUCAAGUCUUCUCUGACCAAGGAGACGAUAUUUAUCCUAAAUUAGUGAAAUCUGGAGGUCAAACCCCCUCAGGAACAAAAACAAUUAGAAAAUAG